CCGAAAUUGUAAGGUGCUCUGAAUGUUGCUGUUUGAUUCUCCGCGGAAUUAGAAAUCAUGACAAUAAAGCCCGUUUUUAUUAUAGAUUAUUAUUAUUUUAUUAUAAAAUGUCUUCUAUCUAUUUAACACAAAGUGCUAUUCUUUCAACAACAGCACAGCCAACUUUACCUCCAGAGUCCCAUCAUCCUCCACGGAAGAACACGUCCAUGUAGACGCAGAUGACGUGUCUGCCCGCUGCAGGAAAAGUCCCAGCUCCGUUAACGUUAGCUACCUUCUGUCAACUGUCCUAUCUGGUGAAUUCAAAUGCCAGCUAGCCUGUCACCCCCUGUGUAGACAGAUAUUAGCGUUACGCCAAGAAACGUUUAGCUAACUAGGUUCGUCGAGAGAAGAGGAAAAUGUGCUCCCUGCACAGAGCGAGAGGCUCUGUUUUGGUGAUCUCCCUUCUGCUACACAGCGCUACAAGUUUCUAUCUACCGGGUCUGGCCCCUGUUAGUUUUUGUGAACCAGGACAGGCUGGGAAAGAGAAUGAAGUACCGGACUGUAAGUCGACCAUCGAGAUAUUUGUGAACAGACUGGAUUCUGUGGAGUCUGUCUUACCCUAUGAAUACACUGCGUUUGAUUUCUGCGCCAUCGACUCCGAGAAGCGCCCGUCUGAGAAUUUGGGUCAGGUUUUGUUUGGCGAGAGAAUUGAGCCCUCUCCCUACAAGUUUGAGUUCAAGAAGAAGGUGGAUUGUAAGCCGGUGUGCACUAAAUCCUACAACACCAACAAGCCAGAGGACAAAGCCCACCUGGACUUUCUGAAGAAAGGCAUGUUGCUCAACUACCAGCACCACUGGAUAGUGGACAACAUGCCGGUGACCUGGUGUUAUGACGUGGAGGACGGACAGAAGUUCUGUAACCCAGGUUUUCCCAUUGGCUGCUACGUCACUGAGGCGGGACGACCCAAAGACGCUUGUGUUGUCAACUCUGACUUUAAGGACAAAGACACAUUCUACGUCUUCAACCAUGUUGACAUCACCAUCCACUAUCAUGUGGUGGAGAACGAGGCUGCUGGGGCUAGACUGGUCGCUGCCAAGAUGGAGCCCAAGAGCUAUAAACACACCAAAGUGGAGGCCCCCGACUGUGCAGGAGGGCCCAUGUACCUGAACAACAAGUUCAGUGGAGAGCUGAAGAUCGGCUAUACCUACUCUGUCCAGUUUGUGGAGGACACGCACAUCAGAUGGGCGUCACGUUGGGACUACAUUCUGGAGUCCAUGCCCCACACCAACAUUCAGUGGUUCAGCAUCAUGAACUCUCUGGUGAUCGUUCUCUUCCUGUCUGGUAUGGUGGCUAUGAUCAUGCUGAGGACUCUACAUAAGGACAUUGCCAGAUACAACCAGAUGGACUCUGUGGAAGAUGCCCAGGAGGAGUUUGGCUGGAAGCUGGUCCAUGGAGACGUCUUCCGGCCUCCCAGGAAAGGCAUGCUCCUCUCUGUCUUUCUGGGAUCAGGAACUCAGAUCUUCAUCAUGAUGUUCGUCACUCUCUUCUUUGCCUGCCUGGGCUUCCUGUCCCCGGCGAACCGCGGUGCCCUGAUGACGUGUGCCGUGGUGCUCUGGGUCCUACUGGGCACACCAGCCGGCUACGUGGCUGCCCGCUUCUACAAGUCCUUUGGUGGGGAGAAAUGGAAGACUAACGUCCUGCUGACCUGCUUCCUGUGUCCUGGGGUUGUGUUCGCUGACUUCUUUGUGAUGAAUCUGAUCCUGUGGGGAGAGGGCUCCUCUGCAGCCAUGCCCUUUGGCACCCUGGUGGCCAUCUUGGCUCUGUGGUUCUGCAUCUCUGUCCCCCUCACCUUCAUAGGGGCCUACUUCGGCUUCAAGAAGACCGGGAUUGAGCACCCUGUGCGGACCAAUCAGAUCCCUCGUCAGAUCCCGGAGCAGUCGUUCUACACCAGAUCUCUCCCAGGGAUCGUCAUGGGGGGGAUCCUCCCGUUCGGCUGUAUCUUCAUCCAGCUCUUCUUCAUCCUCAACAGCAUCUGGUCUCACCAGAUGUACUACAUGUUUGGUUUCCUGUUUCUGGUGUUCAUCAUCCUGGUAAUCACCUGCUCUGAGGCCACCAUCCUACUCUGCUACUUCCACCUCUGUGCUGAGGACUAUCACUGGCAGUGGUCUUGUCUUAUGGUUUCUGACCAGUGGGCCGUCUACUUCCUGGUCUAUGCCAUCCACUACUUCUUCUCCAAGCUCCAGAUCACAGGAUUGGCUAGCACCAUCCUCUACUUUGGUUACACCAUGAUCAUGGCUCUCAUCUUCUUCUUAUUCACAGGAACGAUUGGAUUCUUCGCCUGUUUCUGGUUCGUCACCAAGAUCUACAGCGUAGUGAAGGUGGACUGAGUAGUUAACCAAAAACUAAACCAAUGGAUUUUCCUGUUUACUCUGCCACGCCCCCUCCCUCACCCCUCACCCUCCCUGGGCUGGAGGGACACUAUUGUUACGUUACACCCUGACUGCAUACGGUGACCAGGGCCCACUGGUCUAAAUAGGGAGCCGUUUGGAACACAACCCUUGUCUAUUGUGUGGAGGACUCAUUUAUGUCAGAGCAGCAAGACACCAGAGUCUUCCCGUGUGUGUGUGUGUGUGUGUGUGUGUGUGUGUGUGUGUGUGUGUGUGUACACACAUCUAUACAUAAUGUAGUCUGGAGUGCAGGAAAUACCUGUUGGAGGUCCAGAACCUACUGCACAUCGAUGAAACAUCCCUUAUUCACCUCUGACAAAUGGAAACAGGAAAUCUAGAAGGUUGUGACUAACACC